AUGAAACUCCAACUGGCACCCGCUCGACUGCUAUCAGCCCUCAUCCCCAUCCUCACCAUCACACCAGCCGCCUGCGCCCACUCAGUCAUCAUCUCCAGAAUCUGGCCACCCAGCGACCUCAACCCGGUCUCCAAUCGAAGCCCUGCUCGUAUUCCUGUCGUCAUCUGGCAUGGGCUCAGCGACUCAUACGCGAAUCCAGGCUUGGAUCGUUUAGCUCAAAAGAUCGAUUUACGGUACCCUGGCACGACGGUUUAUAAGAUCAGAUUAGCCGACUCGGACGCACAGGAUCGCCGCGCAACGUGGUUUGGAUCAGCCAAUGAACAAGUCGCCUCCGUCUGCGAUCAACUCUCUCAAAUCGAUGAACUCUCACUCGGGUUCGAUGCCAUUGGUCUCUCGCAAGGCGGCCAACUGAUGAGAGCGUAUACCCAACGCUGUAACCGGCCCAAAGUCCGAAACUUGAUCACCCUUGGAUCUCAACACAUGGGCGUGUCUGGCACAGCACCUUGUACCAGCUUAUUCGACCUUGGCUGUCAUGUCUUACACAAGCUGAUCGAAAGCGGGACUGUUUAUGGACCCUAUGCCCAACAAAAUGUGAUACCUGCCCAGUAUUUUCGAGACCAAUCCAAUCUGGCGCCUUACAUGAAACACAACGACUUCCUGAGAGAUAUCAACAACGAACGGUGGAACGAUACCCAACCAGCUGAUAGUGGGAGCCUUCCGAUCGGCGAGCCAGAGGAUGGAGUCAAGUACCAGCCACGGAACGAGACUUACAAACAGAACUUCCAAUCACUCGAGAGCUUUGUCAUGUUCCGAUUCACUGCCGACACCCUGGUGAUUCCUCCCACCUCGGCGUACUUUACAAUCCCAAAUGCCACCGAGUCCACUCUGCCAGAUAUCCUUGAUCCGAUCCCGAUAGCACUACAAGACUUGCCAAUUUACCAAGAGGACUAUAUCGGGUUAAAGGUCCUUGACGAAGCGGGUAAGAUUCACUACGGUACCUGCUUUGGUGCACAUAUGCAGAUCGACGAGGAUUGCUGGGAGAACGUGAUGGAUUGGCUGGGUGAUCAGAGCCGAUCUGAGGCCAACCUACUCCUACAAACCGGCCCCCAAAACCAACAGCUUUGGGAGUCUGUUGUGGCCGUAGGCCCAGGAAUAUUGGCUAUGCAGCAGAUCUAA